AUGGCUGGAGUGGUAGGAGCAAUUGAUGGGACAUUGAUUGAGAUCUUGCGUCCCCAUCAGCACGAGGGGUUCUUCAAUCGUCACGGCGACCUGUCAUUGAACGUACAAGUCAUUGUCGACACCGCCAUCGAGCUUAUGGACGCCGAAAAGCAACUCACGAUGUUUUGA